UUGCUUCAGCAAACCAAAUGCUGCUGAAGUGGUGCAGGCAAAGGCUUUGUGUGUGUUCUGUCUGUGGUGAAAUGGCAACUCCAGCUUUAUCCGGUGUUUUUAGAUGCUUUUGUGUGUCGGGAAUUUCUUUGGCUCUACGUCUGAGGCAGAAUGGGCCGAGUACCGCACAGGAGCCAAGAAAGCUCCAAUCCCAACCUACGUGCUUGGCGCUAACAACCAGGACACCCUGAGCUAUUUCCCGGACGUCAGCGGCUGUGAGCUAGCUGAGAACAUCACUUACCUGGGCCGCAGGGGUGUGUACAGUGGCUGCUCGGGGCUGCAGAUCGCGUACCUGAGUGGCACGGAGGCACAGCAGCAGCCGGCGCCCGCCCACAGCUUCAGCGCCAAGGACGUGGCCGAGCUGAAAAUGUCUCUGCUGUCAACCCCAAACUUCAGGGGUGUGGAUAUAUUGCUGACAUCCCCCUGGCCCAGAGACGUGGGGACUUUCGCCAACAGCGCAGGAGAAAUAGAUACCAAGAAGUGUGGUUCCAAGUUAGUAUCAGAUCUAGCUGCAAGUCUCAAGCCAAGGUACCAUUUUGCUGCCCUGGAGAAGGCCUAUUAUGAAAGACUUCCUUACAGGAAUCACAUGGUGCUACAGGAGACCCCACAGCACGUGACCAGGUUUAUUGCACUUGCUGAUGUUGGCAAUACAGGCAAGAAAAAGUACCUCUAUGCCUUCAGCAUUGUGCCCAUGAGCUCAAUGGACCCCGCAGAGCUGGUGAAGCAGCCCCAGGACGUCACUGAAAAUCCCUACCGAAAACUGAAGAAGGAGGCUCCCAAGAGCAAAGCCUCUGCAGAGGAAGAACCAGCUUGUCAGUUUUUCUUUGACUUGAACAAGCAUCAGGGAAAGAAACGUCCCUCAGACGGGAAGGAGAGAGGGGACUCCCAACCUAAGCAAGCCAAGAAACCCCCUCAGCCCACAGGGCCCUGCUGGUUCUGCCUGGCCAGCCCAGAGGUGGAGAAGCACUUGGUUGUCAGUAUUGGCACACAUUGCUACCUUGCCCUGGCCAAAGGGGGUUUGUCACCUGACCACGUCCUGAUUUUGCCAAUUGGGCACUAUCAGUCAGUGGUGGACUUGUCUUCAGAGGUGCUGGAAGAAGUGACCAAAUACAAGGCUGCCCUAAAGGAAUUUUUCAGAAGCAAGGGAAAGAGAUACGUCCUAUUUGAAAGAAACUACAGGAGUCAACAUCUGCAGCUACAGGUGAUUCCUGUCCCGCUGGACCUCUGUACUUCUGAAGACAUCAAGGAGGCCUUUAUUACACAAGCACAGGAGCAGCACAUUGAACUGUUAGAAAUCCCAGAGCACUCAGAUAUUGCACAAGUGGCUCAGCCGGGGAUGCCGUACUUCUACGUGGAGCUGGACACGGGGGAGAAGCUGUUCCACCGCAUCCGCGGCCGCUUCCCGCUGCAGUUCGGCAGGGAGGUGCUGGCGAGCGAGGCGCUGCUUGCGCAGCCGCAGCGCGCGGACUGGCGGCAGUGCGCCGCCCAGCGGCCCGAGGAGGAGGCGCAGGCCCGCGCCUUCCGCCGCGAGUUCGAGCCCUUCGACUUCUCCCUCCGGGACUGA